AAGGUGAGGCUCCCUGCCGGGUGAAGCCGGCUCUGGGGUGCUGGGGUCCCCCUGGUCCCCCUCGGCCCAGUCUGAAGCGGCCCGGAGCGCCCUUCUCAUGGGCGUGUUUGUAAAGGGAUGAAGAGAAGAUGACAAGGGAAACCAAUUAGGUGGAACUAGAGUUCUCCAGAUAGACCCCAGAGUAAGGGCCCGCGGGAGCAGAGCUGUGACCCUGGGCUUUCUGCCCUUCCCCACAGUCGGACACUGUGAAAGCCCCGAAUCCCACUGGCCACAUGGUUGACGAGCACCUGUGGAGGCAGGGCCCUGGGGAUGCAGAGGUCCCCGCGUCUCCCUCCCGAACGACCCGUUGGCGGCGCUUCUCUGACAGGAAGGACUGGGUCUGCAUGCUGAAGAAAAUGGGAGAAGCUGUUGCCAGAGUUGCCAGGAAGGUGAACGAGACGGUGGAAAAUGACUCCGACACUUUGGACUUGGCCGAGUGUAAGCUUGUCUCCUUCCCCGUCGGCAUCUACAAAGUGCUCCGGAAUGUGGCCGAGCACAUUCGCUUCAUCGUCCUGGCCAACAACGAGCUCCAGGCCCUCACCGGCAAGUUCAUGAGCACCUUCAGCCAACUCCAAGAGCUCAACCUGGAGGGGAAUGCUCUGCGCCGGCUCCCUGAUGAGAUCAGCACCCUACAGCACCUCAAGGCAAUUAAUCUGGCCCGGAAUCAGUUCCAGGACUUCCCAGAGAAGCUCACUGCCCUGCAGGCGCUGGAGACCAUCAACCUGGAGAAGAACGGGAUCGUGGACGUCCCUGUGGAGAAGCUGGCCGCCAUGCCGGCGCUGAGGAGCGUGAACCUGCAGCUCAACCCCCUGAACCCCGAGGUGCGAGCCAUCGCCAGGCCCCUCAUCAAGUUUGACCUCCUCGUGUCCCCCGAAGGAGCCCAGAGCGAUUCCGCCCCGUAGGGGGCUCAGGCGCCACCGGACCGGACUUCCAGAGGGGCGGAACCGAGGGGGCCGGGCACCUGGAGCCUGGCGGGGCCCAGCAGGCGCCUCUGGGGGCAGGAGCGGGGAGGGGGUGUGUGGGCAUGCUGUGUGUGUAGGUGGGGGGGCACGGGGGCGCUGGCAUGGCAGCCGGACCCCCGGAGCAGUGGUGGAGGAGGGGAGGGACGGGGCGGGGCGGCCCCGAGCUUCUGGCAGAGAGGAUUGGCCCUGGUCGGCUUCUCCCGCCGCCCGGGAAGUGCCCUGGGGUCCCUGGGGGGGACUCCUUCCCGUGGCCCUCAGGGCUCCAGGCCCUGGCCCUGGUUCCUGACUGGGCUCUGGGAGGAAAGUGCUUUCUCCCUUCCCAGGCCCCUGGGGGCUGCUGCUCUGGACUCAUGGGGGUCUCCUUCCCGCCAAAGCACAGCCCCCCAGAUUGGUCCUUGAACAGAAAAGGAAACUGAGGCCCUGAGGCGGACCUGGCUGACUCACAAUCACGGAGGCAGUGAGUGUCCCGGGGUCCCGGCUCUGGAGCUAGAGGGGGGGGUGCAGUCUGGAGGAAACGGGCCCAGAGGGAGCCUGCAGGUGAGGAGUGUCAGGAUUUGAACCCGGCACCUCCAACUCCAGCCAGGCCGUUUCAGCGUCAGGUCGCUCCCCCCUUGCAUCCUCCAGCCUUCGGGUCAGGGCUGGGAAGUGGCCCCCAGGUGGGCCUGCCGCCCCAGGAGGAAGGCAGAGGGAAGUCUGGGUGACAUGGGGUGCUGCCCCCAAGUCCGGCCUGGGCUCCCCGCUGGCCUCUCCCAAGCUAAGUGGGACUCUGCUCUCUAGCACGCCAUAGCCUUGUUGGGAACCUCAGAGGGAGCAUUUGUGAGCAUCUAGUAAGUGCUUCCUGCAUGCGGGCUGUGGGUGCCUCGGGAAGUCUAUGCAAAACACAUGCGAAGGGAAGAUCACGUGCUGGGGAGGGGGAGCGGGCGGCUGCGGGAGGGCCGGGGAGGCCUCAGGAGGGGGCCCAGAGCCGCGGGCAGGGGGCCCAGCCGGGCAGAGGCCUCCGCCCUGAGCAGUGUGCUCGGUCAUCGGCCACAGCAUCCGCUCCCCACAGCUGCUCGAUGGGCCCGACGCCGGGUGCCGUGCCCUGACCGCCGGCUCCUCCCUGGCACCAAAUGGCGGGCACUGGUCGGGCGGCCCUUCCCUGGCUGCUGUGGGCUCGAGCCCGGGCUCCGGCCCGGUGACCGUGGGCAAGUCACUGACUUCUCUGACCCUCAGCGUCCCCUCUGCAAGUGGGAGGGCAUCACGUGGCCCAGCUCUGAGCUUUGGAAACCUCCAAGUUCUCUAGAAAGGGGAGCCUGGGUCCUUCGGAGCCCAUGAGGCAGGGGGGGGGGGGCAGCACCCCCCCCCUCAGUCCUCCUUAGGGACCGCGGAAACGGACCGGUCUCGUACAACAGAGAAUCUGAUUGGGUGCUGGGACGGGGGGGGGGGUCACAUGGUGAGGAGCGAGGGGACAAGGACGACCCCGAUCCAGGAGGCUCCCGAGCCCCCGCCUUUGGGCCUGCCCCGCCGACCCCAGUCUCUGGUGCCCCCCAACCCCCCCCCCGGCAGUCACUCCGGAGUGACUCCUUACACACACACACACACACACACACACACACACACUGCCUUGUGCCUUCCUCCUGACCUCUGGACAGAGCCUCGGUCCCUUGUUCCCUGAGGGCGGGGGCCGGUCUUUGUUGGGGCCUCUUUCCCCUCAGUGCCCGGCACAGUGUCUGGCACAUAGUAGGCCUUCCUCGGUCCAUGCUGCCUGACUGGGUGCUCCUCCGCCCGCCCUCCCCCACUCCGGGGGCUCCCCCCCAUCCCCAAGGGCCCAUUUCUGGGACCUUGUGCCCGUGCCUCGGGCCCCAGUCUGCUCAUCGUAACAUGAGGGCUGCCAUCCUGACUGACCGGGCCGAGCCAGGGAGAGGGACUGCGGGAUGGGGGCCCAGCAGAGGAGGGGGCCGGGGGCCGGGUCAGUCUGCCAGGGCCGAGGGUCAGGGCGGGGAGUCAAGGUCAGAGGCCGGGCCGGACGUUUCUUGGAUUUGUGCCCCACUAAGGCUUGGAGCCUAACGUGUCACUGAAGUUCAGAGAGAGGAACCGAGGGGAAGUGACCGGUCCAGGACCACGACUCACGACCGGACUGGCCAGAAGCCCCCUCCGACCGUGGCUGCCCGGCCUUGUGCACGGGGUCUCUGCGUUGCCCGCCGCCCGGGCACAAGGACGGGACGAGCUGUGACUGCAGGAAAGGAAAUCCCCCCUCGCUGACUUCUGGAGACUUGGCCAGGGGAGUCUUCUGGCGGACUCGGGGCGCUUGGCUAGUUUUGGGUUUGCAAUAAAGGACAUGUUGACUCGG